GGAAGAACCACUUGCAAAUGACAGAUUGAGGUUAGAGAUCUUCACAGUUCGUUCAUUUGCUCAUUGCAUCAAGAUUGCAUUGCUCGAUAAGCACGGAGUUUAGGACACAACGGCAUUAAAGAAUUUUCCCUUGAUCGUAGAAAAUGUCUGAGGAAGGUGAGGUGGAUGUCAAACCAGAUGUCAGCAACACUUUAACUCCUGCUCAACUAGCCAUGAUAGAGCGAAACAGGCAGAGAGCUAUAGAGAUUAGAAGGGCAAAAUUAAUGCCUCACCCCUAUGCAAAAGUAGAUAAAGGUACUGCGGAGAAAACCGUAGUUCGCUCCAAGAGCACUAAGGUCAUUGAUACUGGCGGUGGUUUCUUGCUUGAGGAAACUGAUGAUCCUGAUCAGAAUAAAGAGACUGCAAUUGUAAAAGAGCCGGGUCCCAUUUUGCCUCCUGAUUGCCCUGUAUGUGAGGAGUGUCAACAAGAGUUUUCUGACUCCUGGUUACUAAAAUCUUUCGACCAUUCUGUGUGUGACGGAUGCAGGGACAAUGAUGAUAAGCAUGCACUCAUCACAAAAACUGAUGCCAAAACAGAGUAUCUCCUGAAGGAUUGUGAUCUUGACAAGAGAGAGCCCAUAUUGAAAUAUAUUGUCAGGAAGAAUCCUCAUAAUCCACGUUGGGGCGACAUGAAACUUUAUCUUCAUGUGCAGAUUGAAAAGCGUGCGUUGGAAGUAUGGAAAUCGGAGGAAGCACUUCUGGAAUACAAAGAAAUGAGGGAGGAGAAGCGAAAUGCAUCCAAGGUCAAAAAAUACAACAAACAACUGAAAGCUCUUCGAAUGAAUGUUCGUAGUAGUCUGUACGACCGCACUUCAGCUGCUGCCCAUACUCAUACAUUUGGACCAGAAUCAUACAAUGAAGAAGACGAUAAUUACACUCGUACUUGUUCUACAUGUCAAUUUGUUGAUGUCUUUGAGAAGAUGUAGGCACAACCAUUUUUGAUAGAGCAGGUGUGCUUUUUCUCACAUGAUAAAUUUUCUUAAUUUUUCCCCUUCGUUUUGUAAAGCAUUUGGCCUGAGCCCUGUAAGGUAUUGUACAAAUCUGCGUUGUGAUAUUUUCUCUAGGUGUAGGUUUUUGGAACUGUCCAAAUAGUAGUAUUAUGUAACUCUGAAUUUAUAAAAAUAUCUGUAUCUCUUCAAGGAGUUACGUAUCUCGCUAAAUUAAUGUUCACUUAGUGUAAGGUUUUUAAUAACAUUUUACAUGUUUUUACCAUUUAUUUAUAUCUUCUGAAGUUUGUGGACAUGCGGGUUCCUUCAUUCUCUUGUUGUAUCUGAUCAUUAAUCUCUAUUUAGGCAUAAUAUGAUAUGUUAUCUGAUCAGAACUACAUAGAAAAUGAAAUUUGUAAGCAUGAGCGUAAUGUUUUUUUUUUCUAUCUUUUUAAAUCUUAUGUUAAUUUUUUUAUUUUGUUUUUGGGUGUUUGUAUGUGUGUCCUCAUACGAACUUUUAGUACUAGCAUCAGCCCUGUGAAAUGUACUCUUACAUGAAAUACAAAGCAUGUUCUUUGGCAAGA